UCCUCCUCUGUGCUCCUCCUCCUCCUGCUAGCUUGCAGCUAGCCGCUCAGGUGAAGAGGCCAUGGCUCAGGCUCUGUCCGAGGAGGAGUUCCAUCGGAUGCAGGCUCAGCUGUUGGAGCUUCGGACUCAGAACUACCAGCUGUCUGAUGAUCUCAGGAAGAACUCGUCUGAACUUAACGCCGUCCGGCAGAGAAAUGUUGUUUUGGAAAGAGACUUUGUCAAAGCGCAGAAGGCUUUGAAUAAGAGCAAGAAAGCUCAGGAGGUGGAGGCGCUGCUGAGUGAGAACGAGAUGCUUCAAGGGAAGCUGCACAGCCAGGAGGAGGACUUCCGUCUGCAGAACAGCACGCUGAUGACGGAGCUCUCCAAGCUGUGCACGCAGAUCGAGCAGCUGGAGCAGGAGAACCAGGGUCUCAAGGAGGGAGGGGCGGAGGCCCCCUCAAGCCCCUCCCCCUCUCCCGACGACGGAGAGCUGCUCCGCCUCCAGGCUGAAAACUCCGCCCUCCAGAAGAAGAUGAAAGCGCUCCAGGACGAGAUCAUCAAGAGCGUCGCCACGGAGACGGACAGGUCGGCCGGCGGCAACGGAGUCUCUGAGGUCAUGGAGAAAGGGGAGGAGCCAGGAGCAGAGGGAACCAAGCUGGAACAGACGGAGGCCCAGCUGCAGCUCACGGAGAAACAGACGCACGGCCGGUCAGAGAAGAGCGUAGAGGAGAUAGUAGCGAAGCAGGCAGCGAUAGGCUGGUCGGCUGCUCUGUGUCCAAUAACUCACUGCUUUGGACCAGAGCUGGAGAUGAGACGCACCACGGAGCAGGAGGAGAAGAGGCUGCUGAGGGAGCAGCUCCACGGGCUGGAGGCCUCCAGACUAGCAGAGACCACCAAACUGCAGGAGGAGGUGACAAAGCUGUCUGACAAGCUAAAGAAGAAACAGGAGAGUUUUCAGCGACUGCAGGGAGAGAAAGAGGCUCUGUACAACGACAGCAGGACAAAGAUUGACGAGAUCAACCAAAGAAAAGAGGAGGAUUUAAAGGCCACGAACAUCCGCAUUCAGAAACUACAGUCCGACAUGAUGGCAGCCAAUCAGGCGACAGCCGAGCUGAGAGAGCAGAUGCAGAGCAAAGAGAGAGAGCACGAGCUGGCUGUGCUUACCUUGAAGGAUCAGGUAGCCAAUCAGAGUGCAGUCAGUCAGGAACAGGUGGACAACAUCCUGCAGGAGAACGAUGCUCUGAGGACUAACCUAGCUGCUCUAGAACAGAUCCAGACGGUGAAGACCCAGGAGGGGAACCUCCUCCGCGAGCAGCAGGAGGCGCUGACGCUCGAGCUGCUGCAGAGACGAGCGGAGCAGGAGAAACACCUGGUGGAGAAGGAGGAGCUGGAGACCCAGCUGCAGGAGUGGAGCUUUGCCAACAGGAAGCUGCUGGAGCAGCUCACAGAGGAGGAGAAGGAGAAGGAGAAGCUGCUGAGGGAGCUGGAGGAGGCCAAGAAGACAGCAGAGAAGAGGAAGGCCAUGCUGGAUGACAUGGCCAUGCAGCUGAACCAGGAGAAGAGCGACCACAAGGAGGCGCUGUCUGACCUCAAGCUGCAGCACGAGAAGGAGGUCCUAGGGGUGAGGGCUCGCUACGAGAAGGAGCUGCGAGGCCUCCAUGAGGAAAAGAACCGCUCUGAGGAGGAGAUCAGACAGCAGCUCAGAGAGGAGAAGGCCCGCUCCAGGGCUCUGGAGGGCCUCCAGCUGCGUGUGGAGGAGCUUCAGCUUCAAGUUCAGUCGAUGGAGGGAACCAAAGGCUGGUUUGAGAGGAGGCUGAAGGAGGCCGAGGAAAAAAUAGAGAAAAACUCUCUGGAACAUCAGGAGGAGAACGAGAGGCUUCAGAGAGAACACACACUACACCUGGAGGAGAAGCAGGCGGAGACGGAGGCCGUGAAGCAGCAGCUGCUGGAGGUGGAGAAGCAGAAGGAGGGACUCAACGACACGAUGGAGAAACUCAGACAGGAGAUCAAAGACACGGUGGAUGGCCAGAGGAUCCUCGAGAAGAAGGGAAGUGCAGCGCUGAAGGACUUGAAGCGGCAGCUGCAGCUUGAGAAGAAGAGAGCCGACAAACUGCAGGAGAGACUCCAGGAGAUCCUGAGACACAACAGCACCACUACAGGUCUGGAGGAGCUGGGUCUGUCAGAGAUCAACAGUCCUAGUCGGACCCAGCAGACCGGAGACUCGUCCUCCGUCUCCUCCUUCUCCUACAGAGACAUGAUGAAGGAGACGCAGCCGACCAAUCAGAACAAGUCCGGAGGAGGCAGCCCUCAGUCUCAGCGGCCGGCGGAACUGUCCGACGACGAGGUCGGGGAGUUGUUCCAUCGGCUCGCCGAGGGCCAGCAGGAGAAGUGGAUGCUGGAGGAGAAGGUGAAACAUCUGGAGGUGAGCUGCUCAUCAAUGGCUGAGGACAUCUGUAAGAAGAGCUCCAUCAUCGAGACCUACGUGAUGGACAGCCGCAUCGAUGUGUCGGGCGGGGCCGUGGGGGGUCACGGGGGUCACGGGGGCCACGGCGGCUCCCAGGGGGAGCGAGGAGGUCUGGGCUCGGUCCUCCGGGAUCUGGUGAAACCAGGAGACGAGAACCUGAGAGAGAUGAACAAGAAGCUGCAGAACAUGUUGGAGGAGCAGCUGACCAAGAACCUGCACCUGCACCAGAACAUGGAGGUUUUGUCCCAGGAAUUAGUCCGUCUCGGCAAAGAGAGCCGUGCUGGGUCGGGAUGAGGCUAUCGCCUGGAUUCAUCUAUUCCUUCCCUUCUCACCUCAGCCUGAAUUAAUGGGCUCUGACUAACACCUGGAAUCCCCCCACCCCCCCAAUCCUAUGAGUGUGUGUCCUCAGACCCCUUGUGGACUAAGACUAACAUCUGGAACCCAUCUGCUGGGUUAUGACUAAAUGCUGGAACCGGUUGAUUCUCAUAGGAGAGGAGGAACGGUAAGCUUUAAAGGCGUAGGAGAAGAAACUAAAGAACUAUGGGAAUGGAAACGUUGGGCAUGGCUCAUUAAUUUUGCUAUUGAAUGUACUGUAAUUAGACUGAACUACUCAGUUCCUCUGCGUCCUGGCUAUGACCUGGAAAAUAUUUCAUUGUAACAGACUUCUAAUUUCUAUUGUAACUUGCUGUAAAUCUUUCUGUUGGGCCAUGGCUACAUCCUGGAGCACACAUGCCAGAAGGAAUGGUUUUAUUGUGCAGUAACUCUGUUGUGGUCUGGCUAUUUCCUGGAGUCUGUCUCCCGCAAAAUAACUACAAACCCCUGGGGUCUGUCUACGACCUGGAGUCCUUGUCAAAUAACACGUGGCUGAAAGUUCUUUCUUUAAUCCACCGCGUUGUGACCUGAAGGUCAAAGGUCAGACUAUCAAGUCAGGAAGACAUUUCUCCAUUAACCUAUUUUUUUAUUCAUGUGCUCCGGAAAUUGUAAAAAAAAACAAAAGUUUAAACUUGACUGUGUUAUUUGUUCCAGUUGUUGUUUUGGAUAAAAGCUCAAUGGGAACCGUCAUCCCAACCGGUCGUGGUUAGUUCCUGGAAUAGACGCCCGUUGCUUUGCAUAUUAUCAAAAUUUUUGGGGUCCCUUCUUUUGAAACACCAGCUCUGUGUCAAAUGGCUCAGACUAUUUGCUGGAAACCAGUCCUCAUCUCUAUUGUAUUCAGGGUUCAUUAUUUUAUGUUUGUCUUUUUAAUUAGAAUACAAAGUCAGAAUUAUCUCAAAUUAUUUACUGCUUUCAGAUUCAGUUUUCUCUUUCAUUGCAGUAAAAGUCGGACUCCUACGACGACAGGUGUACCAUUGCAUAUUUUAUAUAUAUAUAUAUAUAUAUAUAUUUAUUGAGUCGGGGGUGAAAAAGUACUUUGAUGCAAAAUGAAAUUUUCUUUGUUUUUGGAUAAUUCUGCUCUUGACCUCCAGGGACGUGUCUAUGUCUUGGAUCAAACUGUAAUGUGUCUUGCACUAUCGGAUUAUUGUUUUGUGUGUGAUUUAUUAACAUCCCUACCGGGGACACCAAAUGGUGCAGAAAAAAAUGAAACUGUCAGCUUUGUAUGCUACUGAUUGGCUGUGUCUACUUCCUGCUUGAAACUACACAUUGUGUUAUUUUGACUACGUCUUAAAUCUUUGAUUUGUAAAAAUGUGUUGACAGGAAGUGUUUGUCGUCCACUUCCUGUUUCCAUUCUCCCUUCGUCUCUUCUAUUGGAUUCUGUCCUGCUAUUGGCCCCCGACUACGUCCUGGACCUCCGGCUACGUCAUGUUAGUAACGUUUGAAUCUGUAUAUAAAUAUAUUCACGCUGCGAUAUGACUUCUAACUGAAGGAAGAAUCAACUAAUCUAUUUAUGAAGACGAUGACGCAAAUUAUUGUAACAUCGAGAAGAUGAAAUAUGAUAAAAUAUUGUCUGUA